UUGCCAAGGCUGCUGUUCAGUGGCAAGCAGAAAGCGGCACACAGGCGAGCUGGAUUAGAUUAGGCUCGGAAUGUGUGGCAGGAUGACACGCCGGAUAAAAAGACUACUCAUACGUCACUGAUUAAAACAAACAAUGAGAGCCAGAGACUCUGUGUGUUGUGUUUAAUAACCUGACGCAACUUCUUCGACAUCGCUUUGUGUGAAGAUAUUGAGCCAGUGCAGCACUCGUGCCGUCGGUAUUUGUGAUCAUCUGUCACGGUCCUAUAAUAGUGUGCGAGCAGAUAUGGACGUGCAUUUGUGGGAUCAGCUCCAGGCUGGCAGCUCGGAUGUGGAUUGGUGUGAAGGGAAUUAUCUCAUCUAUCCUGGAAUAGCGGAGUUCUAUAACACGAUAAGCAAUGUGCUGUUUUUUGUCUUGCCUCCUAUCCUCAUGUGUCUCUUCCGUCAGUAUGCCACGCAUUUCAACAGUGGCAUCUAUCUCAUAUGGACUCUGCUGGUGGUUGUUGGUAUCGGCUCUAGUUAUUUCCAUGCUACGCUGAGCUUCUUGGGCCAGAUGCUGGAUGAGCUGGCCAUAUUGUGGGUGCUAAUGUGUGCUAUCGGCAUGUGGUUUCCCAAAAGAUACCUUCCCAGGAUAUUCCGUCGAGACAGGUCGAGGUUUAAAGUGGUCAUUGGCAUUCUCUCAGGAAUCACCACCUGUCUUGCCUUCAUCAAGCCAGUCAUUAAUUCAAUCUCUCUCAUGACGCUGGGGAUCCCAUGCACUGCUCUUCUCAUAACUGAGCUAAAGAGGUGCGACAACCCGCGUGUGUUUAAGCUGGGUCUGCUCUCAGGUCUGUGGUGGACUCUAGCGCUGAUGUGCUGGAUUAGUGAUCGCAUUUUCUGUGAGAUGUGGUCAUCUGUCAACUUCCCUUAUCUACACUGUGCCUGGCACAUUCUCAUCUGCCUGGCUUCCUACCUGGGGUGUGUGUGUUUUGCUUAUUUUGACGUAGCAUCAGAGGCUCCCGAGCAGGGCCCCGUAGUCAAAUUCUGGCCCAGUGAGAAAUGGGCUUUUAUCGGGGUGCCAUACAUCACUCUUCUCUGUGUGCAUCGGAAGCCUUCAGUUAAGGUGACAUAAACUGUUCUUCCCAAGGUAUCUGAUUACUGCUCAAUGCACUUUGUACUAGAUAUUCACAAGGAGAAUCCUGUUUUUGCAUGUGGGUUUGUUUUUGUGUUUGGGCGGAGAUGUUGGUCAAUCAGUAAUAGUCAUGUCAGUAUGCACAAAAUGAACUUUUGAAUUAGCUGUUGAAUGAAUUCAGUAAGGAUUUCAUGUUACGACAGCUUUAUAUGUUUUAAUGGAAUUUCAGGCACAGAAAAUACACACAUUAAUAUGGCAUAUACAUUUGGAAUGAGGGACUAUAAAAAUUGUGUUUGCUUUUUUAAAACAAAUUUUCACAUACCAGCAGUUGAACCUGCAUUUAAUAUUUUGAAAAUCUAAUUUUACCUGCCCUUAUAAUAAGGCAGCACAGUCAUAAAGGGGUUGUUGUUACAUAUUAACACAGAACAUGAUGUUAUUUCACUUCACACACACUUGCAGGGUUCUGAAAUUAAGAGGUAUAAACAAACUGCAAAAUGUUUUGUUUUCAGGACCCAGAUUUUGAUUUAUGGGAUCUUCAAAAUGAUCUGUUUUAGGGUUUGUUCAGACAGGCGACAAAGAUCGAGUCCAGUCCCUUCUUUUUUUUUUUUUUGUAUGUACACUACUGUUAAAAAGUUUGGGGUCACUUGCCUGAAAUGUUUCUCAUGAUCUUAAAAAUCUUUUGAUCUGAAGGCAUAUGCUUAAAUGUUUGAAAUUAGUUUUGUAGACAAAAAUAUAAUUGUGUUAACAUAUUAAUUUAUUUCAUUAUAAAACUAAAAUUUUAUAAAAAAAAAAAAAAAAAAAAGGAGGUAUUAUAUCACUUAAAAUUUUUUAAAUUGAUGAUUUGGGCCGAAUAAUAAAGAAAAGCAGCCAAUAAGUGCCCAGCAUAUAGAUGGGAACUCCUUCAAUACUGUUUAAAAAGCAUCCCAGGGUGAUUCCUCAAGAAGCUGGUUGAGAAAAUGUCAAGAGUACAUGUCUGCAAAUUCUAGGCAAAGUGUGACUACUUUGAACAUGCUAAAAUAUAACACAGUUUUUUUUUUGUUUUUUUUUUGUCAACAUAAUU